AUGGGCACAUCGGAGUCCGGGCCGUUACUGGUCCAGGAUGGCGAUUCGGAUUCAUGCACCGCAUCCGAAUUCUCAUUGGGAACAGCAGUUGAAGAUGAGGGUUUCGAGCUGUUCAGUCAGUCGGUAACGUCGGGUGAUACGAACAAAUCACUGCUCACAAGCAGUUCAUUCAGCCCAUACAGAAGAUCGGUAUCGCCGGACACUAUGCUUCAAGGGGCAUCAUCUACUUCUUCUCUUACCGUUAGUUUAGCUUUCGUGCCGUUGGCUAAAAAAUUUUUAACAUUUAUAUUUGUUAUUUACGGGCGGCGUGCAGAAAAACUUUACGACCUUGCAAGAAAGUAA